UGAGUAUGGACUGUGUAAAUUUGGUUUGAAACCGGUUGGUGUGUGGGUGUGGAUUUAUUUAUCUGGAUGGUUGUAUUUUCGGUCAAUGAUUAUAAGUAUUGAGAGUGUAAGAAUAGACUCUUAUUUCUCGAAAAUAUAAUUUUUGAUCAAACAAUUCAAUGCCUGCUGGAAUGCGAUUAUCUCAAGGGCUGUUGCCAUCCAUGGAAUCAACUGAAAAACAAACUCCCAGGCCUGGCAAUGCCUGUUGCAAUGGUAAUAAUAAUAUUAAAUGCGAAGAGGAUCGAACCGCCCCACAUAUCAAUAAAUCGGUCAGCAGGACUCCACGUAUCAAUGGUAAACGGGAUACAUCGGUAUUAAAUUUGAGAAGAGCGAAAGCCCUUGAGAAGACUAGACGUCAACGUGGAGUUUACUGUUGUAUUGCUAGUUGUUCUAAUGUUCACAGUCUAAAGUCAAGACAAGGUACACAUACUGUUGUCUACGCCGCAAAAAGACAAUACAGGCGUCGUGUUAUUCCCAAUGGACUGUGUCAGGCUUACAAAUAUCCUGAAAUCACAACAGAGAAUGGCUCUAAUGACAAUGCCGCUGCUGCUGCUGGCAGUGGUCGUGAUCGUGGUGGAGGCGGCGGUGCCGGUGUUGCUUCUCAACUAGUUCGUGUUAAACGGAAAUAUCAUCGUUCGAAUGCAUUUUCAAAAUUGCCUUACAUUAAUGCAAAAAAAGCAAAUACUCGUAGAAAAUCCACCUCCAGUAGUAUGGUUGGUGAAAUUUCCACUGAAGAUUUAAUCAAAGAUUUUCAAGGAUUUAUAGAUACAUUUGCAGUUCCAACGCAUUUGUAUAAAUAUCUUGCUGAACGUCAUCGUGUGCGUCGAUUAUUUGCUUAUCGUAAUCUCAGUUAUCUAAUGCCGAGUGUUACUGGCAAACGGUUACCACGUCCGCGUCCAUCCCUCGAAGAGAUUGUCAACCGAUUAAAACAAAACUGUCUGCAUAAUCAAUCAUUAGCGUCUAGUAAAGCAUUGAAGCUUGAUCAUUCCUUAUUACCUCCCGGUGAAUGGCCUCAGGAAUUAGAAUUAAUUUUUGAUGGAUUUUUUGAUAGUGAAAAAGAAUUGGAAUGGGUCACUGUAAAUGCUUCUGUCAGUAUAUGUCUACGAUUCGGUUGGGCAUGGCGGCGUAAAAUGUGUCCCAAUGAUACACUUGUCAAGAUAACUAACCAUCCAAUACGCAUGAAUUGUUAUAGUCAUUCAACUGGUUACAGUACAAUUAUCACAACUAACACCAACUCAGUUUCAUUAACUAACAACACCUCAAAUGGCUGCAGUGGUGCUCAUAUCAAUAAUAAUAAUACUCAUGAAAAAGAUGAUAAACGUAAACAGGGGACAAAUAAUAAUCAUAAUAAUAAUAUGAAUACGUGUCGUUUUUCUAUAACUCAUCUACUCGAUGAAGUUGACUGGCAGGUGUCUGGUAGUCGAUUAACAAGUAUUCAACUAGAAUUACAUGUUUCCGCGGUUGAAAAACGCUUGUUAAAACGUCCAGAUAUGCAUAGUUGUGCGAAAGGCAUUCCAGCAAGUAUGAGAAUGAAUUCGCCUACUGACCAGAAUAAUACUAAUACUAAUACUACUACAUUACAAUCGACGUCUACACCGUCAACACCAUCCUCUUCAUCCUCAUCAUUCAUCUUACAGGAGAAUCCAGUCAACCGUAAAAGUGGUUUAAGUGUAGCCUCUUAUCCUGUGCAUUAUGUGACAGCUCCUUUGCCUAUGAUCACUACGCCUUACAAUUUCAAUACCUCCAGUGCACUUCGUCAAUUUCAAUUAACUCCUGGUUAUUAUGAACUAAGACUUGGUGUGGAUUCAUCAGACAUCAUUGAAUCGACUUGCAGUACUACAACUGCUGCAACUACUAUUAAUAGUAAAACUAUACCAGUUAAUUCUCCUCCAGUUAGUGAACAAGUGGAUAGUACAUGUUCUGGUCCCGUUGAAUGGAAACGUAUACGAUUUCCUAAAGCAUCUACUGCUAUCGAUGAAUAUUCACGUUGGCCACGUCUACGAUUCUCUGUUGUAUGGCAUAAGAAACCAGUAGUUAGUAAUAAUAAUAAUGAAACAACUUCAUUAUCACGAUUAAUAGGAACUCGUAGUCAAGAUACAAAGAAUAAUACUAAUACUACUAAUAAUAAAAUUAAUAGUAAUCAUAUAGAUUCCCCCGUGGAAGGUCGAGUUUCACACACACGAUCCAUGACAAAUUCCUUGAGUCGUGAAAAUCAUCAAUUGAACACAUCUGCGAAGAGUAACAGUAGUCCUACAACAAGACUCUCAACAACAGAAUCUCAUAAUACAAAUGGUAUGAAUGGUAAUCAUCUAAGCAAUAGUAGUAUGGAUCAAGAUCUGUCAUUAUCAUCAUCAUCGGCAGCAGCAGCAACAGCAGCAUCAGAUCAUGUACAUGAAAUGAAUCAUUCUGAAUCAUCGGUUGUUCCGGCAGCAGCAGCUGAUGGAGGAGGACGACGACGAGGAGGAAACGGAGGGCUAGAAGAAGUCAAUCAGCGUACAGUGCUGCCAACAAAUUCACCAUUUCCAUAUUAUCCAGUAUCAUAUGGUUUUGUAUACGGGGAUAAUUUAUGCCAUUGGUGUGUAUCUACUGAUCUGAAAUGUCCAUGGUGUGAUUUAGAUUGCGCUAGACCUGGGAAUAAAGGUGCUGAAGCCUUACUUAUUCAUCUUCGAAGUAGUCAUCCAAGAUUUCGUUUCAAGGCUAAAUGGUAUUCAACACGAAAUCAUUUAAGCCUAGAAGUCAGCCUAAAUGAUGCCUAUGAUGGUUCAAAUGAUUGUGGAUUACGUAGAUGGUGUGUUGGUGUAUAUAAGAAUUUUAUUACACGACGUCAUAGCAUAACACCUAGUCAGUUAUUUGUUAAUGGUUGGACGACAACUGAUGAUAAUAGCAUUAAUAAUAUUAAAAUUAAAAUGGAAGACAAUUCAGAUCAGCAGCAGCAACAGCAUUCCUCUGCAUCGAACAAUAACAUUAAAGCCACUCUGCGUAUUCGUUGUCCAAUUCGACGUUUCCCUUAUACGCAUAUCAUAUUUUGGCGUGGUGUUGAAGGUUGCACUAGCAAUGAACUUCUCGACUCAACUGUCUCUGUACAACCUAUGCUUGUUGGACAUAAUCGUGUCUAUUAUCAUACAAUAACAACACAACCGAUUCGUGCCAGUGAAUUUGAUAUAGACUCUGACGAUGAUGAUGCUCCACACUGGUUACGUCAACAUUAUCAGCGUAAAGUCGAAGAAUUCAGUGAUGUAAAUCAGGGAGAAAUCAAAGUGAUGGAAUUAUGGAAUUAUUUCCUACUGUCUAUUCCUCCAUCCAUUUUCAAUGUUAGUGAUAUUCAAGUGGCAAUGUUAACAUGUCAAUUUAUUCAUAAAUAUUAUCGUAUAAUUCAUUCACGUCGUUUACGUGCAAAUCUCAUAAUACACUUGAAUAAUCUUGUCGAUUAUGGUUUAUUAUCCUGUGAACAAUUGUUUUUUUUAAUACGGAUAUACGACCAGUAUUGUACCAGUGAUACAUCAAGGAGUUUUCUCCAGCAGCAGCAGAAUAAUAAUAAUCAUAAUCAUAAUCAUAAUAGCCAACUUGUCGGUGAUCCAAGCAUUCAAGCAUUAUCAGCAUCAUCAUCAUCCUCGUCAUCCUUGUGGCCAUCACCAUCAGCAGCGGCAGCAGGAGCAGGAGCAACACCAUUAACAACAAGAAGAACACCUCUGCCUCUGUCUGCUGCAAUGAUUAAAGCUGAAGAAUUAAAUCAUAAUAGUAAUAAUAAUAAUAAUAGUAAUAAUAAACGUAGAGAGAUGAGAAUUCCACCGCCACCGGUGUUUGAAGCAUUGAGGAUGUCGUUCACUACUACUACUUCAUGAUAUAUGUGUGUGUGUUAUGCUGUUACUGUGCAUCAAGGGGAGUACUAGUGAUAUCAAUAAUAAUAAUACCGGUUUCUCAAUGAACAAAACAGCUAAUGGUGUCUGUGUACCUACUUACCUACCCUCUUCUUUCUAUGUGUAUAUGUCCGUGUGUGUUGUGGUGUGGUGUGGUGCGGUGCGGUGUUAUUCCCGAGAGUAGGCGCAUUUUUCAAAGAAAGAAAAAGAAAAUUGUAUUUUAUUCGUCAUUUUACAGAAUAAGUUGUGUCUCCCUCUUUUUUUUCGUUUUGGGAAAAAAACUAUAGAUCUCUCUAUAAAUGCUCAAGGAUUUUUCUUCUUCUCCCCUCCCCACCCUUUUUACUCUAGAAUAUUAACAAUACACUGAAAUGUGCUUAUUUUUGAUGACUUUUCAUAUUAUUUUUAAAAAAAAGAAAACGUAGGAUCAUUGUUGGAUGUUUGGUAGUUGGUAGUGGUUGACUGGUUGGUUGUUUGGUCUGUUGGUUGGUUGUCUUUGCUUUACACUGUCUUAUAUUAUACUUCCACGUCACAUUCAGUCAGUCGGUCUUCUCUCUUUAUCCUGUAGACCUUUUCUUAUUGUGUUGUAUUCAUAAUCGGCUUGAUUUCGACCUUCAGGACUCCUUGAGGAAGUGCGAGGAGGAAUUGUUGUCCUUGUGGUUGUGGUUGUUAGGUAUUGUUAUUAUUACUAUUAUUAUUGUUAUUAGUUGAUAAAUCCCCUUUU